AGCCUCUGCAAAGAAUUUAUGUCAUCCACACUUUUAUCUUAUAAUCCAGACCACACACACGCACUUAUGUAUAAGUAUAUUUAUAUAUAUGCAUAAGAAGAGUGUUGUCUGUUAUGUUCGUUGAGUGUGAGCAAAAAUUAUAAAGCAAGAAAGGCUCAGUAAUGGGUAGUAUUCAAAGCAAGCAGAAGAGAAGCCCAUGUGAGAGAGAUGUGAAAGGUUUGAUACACAAGAUAAGGGUCCUCCAAGGGGAGAUGAACGAGGUAAUGUGCAUGAGAGAGAGUGAGGGGCAAGCUUAUGAGAGAGAGAUGAUGGUUUAUGCACUCAAGGAAGCCGAGUGGAAGCGCGAGAGGAAGAGGCUGAGGCAGGAGGUGAAGAGGCUGAGGAAGAGGUUGGAAGAGAGGGAGGACAGGAUUAGAGAUAUGGAGGAUGAGAUUGUGGCGGGAGAGAAAUGUGACAAGUUGGAAUGGCCGCCACUGUUGGGAGCUACCAGCUACAUGGUGGAGCACAUGAGGGAGGAGAGAGCUCGGCGGGACGAGGCCGUGGAGAAGUGGAAGCAGCUCUAUCUUGCUAUCAAGAUUGAGCUUGAUGAUCUCAUUCAGAAGACAAAUCAAGGAGAUACGCUAUGCUGGAGAACAGAGGAGGAAGACUUAAUGGAGGAGCUACAGAGAGAACUGAAAGGCAAGGAAGAAACCAUUGAACUUCUUCAAGCAAGAAUAGUUUCCAUGGAGCAAGAAGGAUCCAAAAGGGAGAGAGAGGUGGACAUACUGAGGCAGAGCUUGCGAAUCAUGAGCUACAAGAAGAAGGCAACACACAUCACUAAGGGUCAUUCAUAAAGCUUGCACCUGUAAAACAGAGAUGAAAAAUUAAACACAGUUGUAAAUUACUAAUAGGCCAUUAAUAUUAUCAAUAAAUACAGAUAUUA